UUGAAAAAAGGUGUAGAAUAAUGGAGCAAGGUUUUUGUUAAUUACUUCUCUCAGAAAACGACGAAGGGCGUUGAAGUCGAUUGACCAUAAAGUGGAAGGUCCUGCGCAUGGUCCACACUCAAAGACUCUUCAGUCUUCAACACCAGAUUCACGCCACACCAGUCCUUCAAGAAAGAAAGAAAGAAAGAAAGACAGAAAGAUUUCUACCAAACACUAACUCUUUGUCUCCGCUAUUUUCCACUGCUUUUGUUCGAUGUCUUUGUAUAUUGGCCGUCUAUCAUCUCGCACUCGUGGGGAUGAACUUGAGUGUGUUUUCCGAAGGUUUGGAAGAUGCAAUGUACGGCUGAAAGGUGGCUAUGGAUUUGUUGUGUAUGACUACCCUUCAAAUGCAGAGAAAGCUUUGAGAGCACUUCAGGGAAGAAAUAUAUGUGGGGAGCCAUUAACUCUCACAUGGUCAAAUAAACAACCUAGAUGUUUCAAAAAAUUUGCUAGGGCUUCCUAUGAUCAUGAGCCACUUAGAGUUAGGAGUUCUGCUGGAGGUGGAGAUUACGGGAAUAGAAAAUUGGAUUUAAAUGUUCAGCAAGAUUACAAUAUGAGAAUUGAACAACUGGACGGUCAUGGUGUCAGGCUUAAUUCUCCUGAUUUGCUUAAUGCGGAGGUAGACUACCAUCAAAGCCAUUUUAAAGUAUACACAGGGGAAGACAAUCAUAACUAUGGGGAAGAUUUGCUGAAUGAAGGUGGUGAAGUUGAACCAAACCUGAUUGACGGUGAUAGGUGGGAUGGGCAAUGCUAUGAUCGGUCUAAUAGUAAUGAUGUUGAGCAUGACAUGGAAUUUGACCGCUACAUAGGUUAUGACAGAAAUGAUGACAAUGAAAACCCUCAAAUUGUGUAUCCCAGUAGUUCUCCUGCUGCACAAAGCCCUCAAGAGAAAAUAGCAAGAGAGCUGAUAGGUGAAGGAACUAUGAACCGUCCUGAGGAUUCAAAAGCACAUCAAACUUGUUACAGCUGCGGUGCCCUGGGUCACAAAAAGCAUAAUUGUCCCCGUGGAAAUAAUUCAGGCUCUAGGUUUGACCUCAAACAUGACAAUGACACUGGUAAAGGAGGUAGAGGACAAGGUGGCCUGGCAAGUUUUGGAUCCAGUUCUCGGGCUAAGAUGCGACAAGAUAAGGAUCCUGUAAGAAAAAAGCGAUUCAAAGAUACCAGAAAAGCAUCUGCUUCAGUAAUGUAUAGGAGAUUGAUAGAGAAUGGAAACUCCCUUGUUGCAAAGGAAACUGAUAGGGCUUGGGAAAAGGACUAUGGAGGAAAGAAGAGAGGUAGGAGAGGUGGAACUCCUAAAACACAUAGUUCAAAGAAAGCAAAGCCAAUUUCUUCUCCACAUUGUCCUGAUUACGGUGGAUCCAGAUCACGUUCAAAAUCUAGAUCCAUAAAGCAUAUGCCAAGGUCAAUUUCACGGUCUACAUCAAGAUCCAUAUCAUCUAGAGCACAAUCGUCGUCAAACAAUUUGAGAUCCAGUUCACAUUAUUCAAGAUCCAGAAGUUCUAAGUCUAGCUCAAGGUCAAGCACUCCUACAUCAUUGUCUUUGUCUGUAUCCCUUGGUAGGCCUUUACCAUCAUCCCCAAACAAAGGGCAGUUGAAUGCGAAAGGCACUUCGGGUAAGUCUAACUCUCCAGAAUCCAAGGAGAUUAUGGUUGGAGGGGAACCAGCAGAAGGUGAUUUUGACUUGGAGAAUGCAAAAUUUGAAAAUAGAGUGGCUCCAGUGAAUAUUGAAAAUGCCGGGACAUCUGGCAAAGCAGAAAAUGAAGUGGAAAAGGACCAAGCUAUGCAGCGAGGUAACAGUGAUAAUCAUAUGACACCCAGGUCAGUGGCUCAAGUUAAAAAUUCAAGCACACCCCUUUCAGAGAGAGGUGCUCUUGCUUCUGGGAGUUUGUCUCCAGAGAGCUUGAGAGAGAUCAAGGGUGGUCAAGAUUUUGAUGCACUGACAACAGAGGAUGUGAUAGUAGCACCUGUAAAAACUGAUUCAGAGCUUACCUGUGGCAGCUCAAUAUCUUUGGAGGAGUUGUGUAUGGUCAUGAAGCAUUAUGGCCUAGAACCUCCAGAUGAAAAUGAAAGGCAUCAAUCUGCGGAAGCCUACUUUGGUUCUGCUCGCUUGUGGCCUUGGCAGAUUGUCUAUUACAGGAGGUUGAAGAAAGGUCCUAUUUCUACUGAGAACUAUGCCAGGCGAGUUGCACAAAAUGAAGAAUUUGGUAUUGUUGACAAGUAUAUCAGAAGCAGCAGUGGAUGGGGAGAACUGAAUCACCCUUGAAAAGCUUUGUGAAUUUUGUGACAGCUUAUUUUAUGUCCUUAGAGCGCCUCAACAUUUUGGCCCUAUUUUAUAGUAUGGGUUGCAUAUUUUGCAAGAUAAAGAUCUGAACAGGUAAUUUUCUAGAAAGUAUGCAAUGUGGUUACCCUAACUGUACUGCUAGAAUCAAUAUAAUAUCGUCUUUUUCCUUAUAAAAAUAAUUUUAUACUAGUAUGAUAGGUUUUGAGUGGUAGUAUUAUGCAUAUUUCAAUAUCUGAAAUUUUUUGCCCUCUUUGCAAUGUCCUGUAUUAACCAUCAAGGCUUCCCCUGUUGUGGCUAAUUUGUAAAGCUUCUUAGCUCUUCCUUUCAAUAUUAUAAUGCACUUUAAUUCUCAAGCUCAAUGUUGAAUACUUUUACCUUUAACUUGAUUGUUUCAUAUCUAAUUGUUUUCCCUUAGAAGUAUUAAAAUUUUGUUUUGUUUGUGGUUUCUAUUGCACUAUUUAUUGUUGCUUCUUACAGAUAUGUUACCAUUAUUAUCUAUCUAAUUUUAGGGAUAAAUUCUUGUAAAUAUAUAGCUGCUCAGAAAUAUGGUUUAAACAAUAUAUGAAAGGUUUGAUAUUUUUUAUGCAUCCUGUCCUGCAAAGGCAUGUAUUUAGAAAUUUCACCAUUGGACAUGAGCUAGA